AUUUUUUUAUUGGUUUAUAGCAAACGUUAAGUCAAGAAGUGAGGGAUCUUCAAAGUAACUAUGAAACUUUGCAAUCUUACUAUAAUCGUAUAGGAGUAUUGGAAUCUAAUAUGACACAAAUCAUCAGAAAUUUAAAUACGCUCAGAAGUCAACAAAUGAGUAGAAGCCAAAUAAGACAGAGAUUUCAAAACCUUGAAAGAAGUGUUAAUCAAUUGACAGAGUUGCUGAAUCAAAAUGAAUGCAGUAGUAAUCCUUGCAGAAAUGGAGGAACGUGUGUAGAUGCAUACAAUGGUUUCAUUUGUCAAUGUCCAUCUGCUUGGGAGGGUCCUACGUGUGAAAAUGACGUAAAUGAAUGCGGACGAUAUUCUGGAACACCUUUUGGAUGCCAAAAUGGUGCAACGUGUUAUAACAGUCCAGGAAGUUACAGAUGUGAAUGCCCCGCAAAUUGGCAUGGAAUUCAUUGUUCAGAACAACACGAUGACUGUAAAACUGCAUCACACGAAGCACUUUGUGGGCAUGGAACAUGCAUUGAUUUAGAUCGAGUAUUUGCUGGACAACCCAAAUAUAAAUGUUUAUGCGAUGAAGGUUGGAAAAGUGAUGGAGUCAAUCCAGCAUGCAAUACAGAUAUAGACGAAUGCCACGAAAGUCAUGUUUCGUGUUCAACAAAUCCUCCAGUACAGUGUAUUAACUCUCUAGGAAGCUUUCAUUGUGGACCUUGCCCACCAGGCUACUCAGGAAAUGGAUAUUCCUGUACUGAUAUUAAUGAGUGUCUAGUAAAUAAUGGAGGAUGUUCUGUAUCACCUAUGGUACAAUGUAUGAAUAAUAUCGGAUCUAGAUCUUGUGGUCCAUGCCCUGCAGGUUAUACUGGAAAUGGAGAAUAUUGUACAUUUUCAGGAGCAUGCAGGAUGAAUAAUGGAGGAUGUCAUCCUCUUGCAACUUGUAUUGAAAAUACAGCUAUAUCGCCAUUAUACAGAGAAUGUCGUUGUCCAAGUGGUUUGACAGGAAGCGGAGUUGGACCAAAUGGUUGCAUAACUGCUACUGGUACAGCUUGUGAAGCUAAUCCAUGUUUACACGGAAGUUGUCAAGUUAGCGGAAAUAAUUAUAUAUGUAUAUGCUCUCCUGGCUAUACAGGAACUUUAUGUGAGACUCCUACAAAUCCAUGUGACAGUAAUCCAUGUAGGAAUGGAGGCACUUGUAUAAAUCAGCAAACUUCGUUUACCUGUCAAUGCUCAAGCGAGUGGCAAGGAUCGUUAUGUGAAGAAGCUUCACAGAUUUGUAGUGGAAAUUUUCAUCAAGAAAUUGGAAGUAUUCAGUAUCCAACUGGUCCUCUAGCUGAAUAUCCACAUGAAAAAGAUUGUAUUUGGAUAUUAUCUACAAUACCAGGAAAAGUUUUUAAUGUGACAUUUAACAGAUUUAAUAUUGAAUACUCACCAGAUUGUUCUUAUGAUUUCUUACAAAUAAAUGAUGGUCCUUCUGCAAUUGACAAUGCUAUAGGCAGAUUCUGUGGUAAUGUUGCACCAAAAAAUGGAAAUAUAAUAAGUACGCAUAAUUUUCUCUACAUGCUAUUUCAUUCAGAUGGUGAUACAGCAGCUGAUGGUUUUAAUUUAACUUGGACAACUACUGAUCCAGGUAAUAUCUGUGCAAUAUGUAAAAAAAUUUAUAUAAAAAUAUUAUUAUACGAAAAAAGAAAGAUUAUUAUAUUAGAAUUUAAUUUCUGAAGA